CCUGGAAUCCGGAAUCACACUGAUCGCUAUCACACAUGGAUUAUACUCUUUUCGCUGCUUUUUCUUUUUUGCUGCCUUAGAGGAAACUUUCUCACCAACUGUUUCCAGGUGGGACUGCUUUCUAGUGUCAGAGCCAUGAGUUGCUUGUUAAGAUGGACUGCUUUGAUUUGGACUGUAAAUGUAAUUCCUUGCACUUUUGGAAUGGCAGUGAGUGAACGAACAGAUGGCUCAUGUCCCCCUCUGAGCGUAGAGGAGCACAGGUUCUCAGAUGUCUUAGAUCGUCCUCUGGAUAUCACAGGAUUCGAUCUCACAGAAAAGUUUCUUCUCCGAAAGGGAACGAUCACCGAGGACCUUCCAUCGUAUCGUUUAGGAAGCAGUCCUCUCAUAAAGCCAACAAAAGUAAUAUUUCCAAAUGGGUUUUCAAGUGAAUUCUCCCUUGUCACCAUCUUCCGUGUAAGAAGAACUACAAAAAAAGAUCGCUGGUAUCUAUGGCAGAUAUUUGACCAAUCGGGAGAAAGUCAGGUAUCUGUGGUGGUCGAUGGUGGCAAGAAGGCGGUGGAGUUUUUCUCCCGGGGCGAGCUUAAGAACGCUCUCCGCUACACGUUUAAGAGCCGUGACCUACAUGCCCUUUUUGAUCGCCAGUGGCACAAGCUUGGCAUUUCUGUCCAGAGCAACAUAGUCUCCAUUUAUAUAGACUGCAAGCUUGUAGAAAGGAGACUGACGGAUGAGAAAGACAACGUGGACUUCAGUGGGCGCACUCUCAUCACCACCCGAGUGGAGGAUGGACGACCUAUAGACAUUGAACUGAGACAAAUUCUCAUCUACUGUGACCCUUACAUAGCCGAAAUGGAAAAUUGCUGUGAGCUACAGGAGCCAAAGAGUGAAGCCAACAAGACCUUUAAUGGGACGUCCCCUCCCCCAGUUGCAGCCCAGCUCCCACAGAUGCUGUCUCAACCCGCCACAAAGUCAAUUGACAGAUGUCACUGUCCAGCUGAAAAGGGAGAUGGUCUUCCAGCUGUAGUUGGACUGUCAGGACAAGGAGACAAGGGGGAUACAGGGGAGGCUGGCGUUUCAGGAGAUCCAGGACAUGAGGGAAUCAAUGGGGAGAAGGGGCCGGUUGGUCCAAAAGGAGACAAAGGUGAUGUCGGUCUUCCUGGAGCUGCGGGGCUGCCUGCUGACUGUUUCAAAGGAGAUCAGGGCCUUCCAGGUGACAAAGGAGAGAAGGGCGUGGUGGGGGUCCCAGGGGAGCCAGGAAAAGAAGGCAAAAGGGGACGGAGAGGAAAGGCUGGGGAGCCUGGAGUCAGAGGCCUGCCUGGUCCCCCGGGAACCCCGGAAGGAGCAAGUGUCAAGGUGGUGGGGGCUGAGUCUGUCGUCCCGGGGGCGAGAUGGGAGAAAGGAGACCCUGGUCAGAUAGAUGCUCAGGGGGCCGGAGUGAUGAAAGGACAAAAGGGUGAAGUUGGCCUUCCUGGUCCUCCUGGUCCUGUGAUGACAGCUCUUGGAUUAAGACUGCUCUCUACAACUGAUGAAAUGAAUGAGGUGAAAAGCCAUACCGGAGAAAAGGGAGAUCAGGGGGAGAAAGGAGCUCAAGGGCCGCAAGGCUUCAAGGGAAACGUCGGUCCACCGGGACUAAAAGGAGAUCAGGGGCCAGAGGGCAAGCAAGGCCUACUUGGAUCAACAGGACUCCCUGGACUCCCGGGCGAGCCAGGCUCGCCAGGGGAGACCGGGGUGUCUGGAAGAGAUGGCCUUAAAGGAGAAAAGGGGGACUCUGGUACAGUGAUGGGGCCACCGGGCCCUAAGGGGGAGCCUGGAGAGCCUGGCGGUGGAUAUAUGGGCGAUGGGUUGUCUCUAAGCAGAGGGUCUCGCGGGCCCAAGGGUGAGAGAGGUGUCCCAGGAUUGCCAGGAGAACAUGGAGACAAGGGCGAACCCGGAGACAGUAUCAUAGGUUCACCUGGCCGAAUGGGAUCUUCUGGAAAGCCGGGAAUUGAGGGCCCUCGUGGACUCCCGGGUUUAUCUGGCCCUCCUGGAGCUCCAGGUAGAGAGGGCUCCCCUGGUAGGCCAGGCCCCCCGGGUCCUGCUGGACCCCCAGGUGAACCGACUGCCCUGCCAAUUGUUGGAGACAUGGGAGCACUACUCAAGAAUGCCUGCAGUGUGUGCCAGACGAGAGUCCCAGGGCUUCCUGGGCAGAAGGGAGAGAAGGGGUCCAAUGGAGCGCAAGGAGUAGAAGGCUUGGUGGGAGAAAAGGGGGAUCCUGGUGUAAGAGGGCCCAUGGGUAACCCUGGGAAAGAAGGCCCAAAGGGAGUGAAAGGAGAGAGAGGGUUCCCAGGCCCCACUGGAGAUAAAGGUGAUGAGGGGCUUUCAGGAACACCAGGACUUCCUGGAGUGACCGGUCGAACAGGGUCUCCGGGGCUUAUGGGUAGACCUGGACCAUUGGGGCCACAAGGCGGAAAAGGAGAAAGAGGAAAUGACGGAAUCCAGGGCAUACCAGGCCUUCCAGGGCCACCGGGUGUACCUUACGUGGAGGGCAAUGGGAUGAGCAGUCUGUACAAGCUGCAGAGCGGUGGAGCUAUUUUGGGAGCUCCUGGUGCUCCGGGUCCCAAAGGAGAUGAAGGAGUUGCAGGGGAACCAGGUGCCAUGGGAUUACCCGGGCUUGAAGGGCUACCAGGUGCCAAGGGCGAUAUUGGUUUGCCUGGUCCAUCUGGGAUGAUAGGUCCUUCAGGGAAGCCCGGCCCUCGUGGAGAGCCAGGGAUCCCAGGAGAGUCGGGUGAGAGGGGGCCGCUCGGAGAGACAGGAUUCCCAGGGCCUGAGGGACCCCAAGGUGUUCUUGGUAGACCUGGAAAAGAUGGAACUCCUGGAGAAAAGGGAGUUACAGGUACAGGAGGAGACAGAGGAUCCAAAGGAGAGCGUGGUGACCCCGGUAUUCCUGGAGAAAGAGGUGUUCAAGGCGAGAGGGGGCGAUUUGGAGAUCCUGGCCCGGUUGGACCAUCAGGACAAAAAGGAGAUUCUGGCGCUCCAGGACAAUUUGAGAAAGUUCAUCUCUUGGGUGAUCCCGGCUUCAUUGAAGAACUCAAAAUGCUCAUCAGAAAUGAAGUAUUAAAGGUCUUUGAAGAGAAGCUAUCGAGCUCUGCCGCGCAACAGAAGACACCUGCGGGCAUCUUGGCUUCACAAGUCCACGGGCCUCCAGGACCUCCUGGAACGGACGGAUUACCCGGAACACCAGGAGAGCCCGGACCUCCGGGUCCUCAUGGGUACAGGGGGCAGAAAGGAGAACGGGGUCAGCUUGGUCUGGGGUUACCAGGAGAUCCAGGAGCCACGGGGCCACCAGGCCCUCCUGGGAUCACUACUCAAGGCCCUCCUGGCUCUCCGGGGCCCCGUGGACCUCCUGGGAAAUGUGACCCAGGUGACUGCCUAUUUCCAUCCCUGUGAGCCCAGCGGAGCGCCGAUUGGAAAGCUAACGUCAAGCUCCGGACCUACAAGUGACCUCUUUUGUUCACGUUACAAUAACUUUGGGAUGCAGUCAGGAUUUUUCUUGUUCUUGUUGGGUUUGUUUUAAAUUGGAUAGAAAAACCUUCUUUUGUUUUUUUCUGCAAUCCUGUACUUCUUGUUUUCACAUCCCCUACUGUGAUGCAUUCCUUGUCAACUCUCAUUAUGUAUUUCAAGACCAUGAAAUGACUCUGUUUCAUCAGUUCUGUCUGAAAAAAUGAUCUUAAUAAUUAUUUGUUUGCCUCCUUAAUGGGCAUGCCUUUUCACUCUUCUGUUCUUAUUCAGAUAAGCCAAUGUGCUGGCAGAAGGUACAUCUCAAGUGUGUG